GCGCGUGAAGCCGCGGAGCCUCGGCGCCGGCCGGGCCCACCGCCCUCCUCCGCCCCGGGACGCCUCUUGCUCGGCUUUGGAGGCUCUCCCGGGCGCGUCUCCGGCCGCAUCCCGAGCCGCGCCGUGCGCGGGGACUGCCCGGAUCGCGGAGCAGCGUUGCCAUUCAAGCGCGGCGGCAGCGGCGGCGGCGGCAGCAGCGUGUGCAGCCUUGGCUCAGCAGCGCCCUGGUUCCCGAGCCCCCGCAGGCUGAAGGCAUUGCACGCAGUCCAUGUUCCUGGAGGAAGUGUGCAGAUGGGAUUAACGUCCACAUGGAGAUAUGGACGAGGACCGGGGAUUGGCACCGUAACCAUGGUCGGCUGGGGCCGCUUCAUCUGCCUGGUCAUGGUCACCAUGGCAACCGUGUCCCUGGCCAGGCCCUCCUUCAAUUUGGUUGAGGACGCCACCGUGGAGCCGGAAGAGCCACCAACCAAAUACCAAAUCUCUCAACCGGAAGUUCACGUGGCCGCGCCAGGGGAGUCGCUAGAGUUGCGCUGCCUGUUGAAAGAUGCCUCCGUGAUCAGUUGGACUAAGGAUGGGGUGCACUUGGGGCCCAACAAUAGGACAGUGCUUAUUGGGGAGUACUUGCAGAUAAGAGGCGCCACGCCUAGGGACUCCGGCCUCUAUGCUUGUACUGCUGCUAGGACUGUAGACAGUGACACUUGGUACUUCAUGGUGAAUGUCACAGAUGCCAUCUCUUCCGGAGAUGACGAGGACGACACGGACGGCGCCGAAGACUUUGUCAGUGAGAACAGUAACAGCAAGAGAGCGCCCUACUGGACCAACACGGAGAAGAUGGAGAAACGCCUGCACGCCGUCCCGGCCGCCAACACCGUUAAGUUCCGCUGCCCGGCGGGGGGGAGCCCGACCCCCACCAUGCGGUGGCUCAAGAACGGGAAGGAGUUUAAGCAGGAGCAUCGCAUCGGAGGCUAUAAGGUGCGAAACCAGCACUGGAGCCUUAUCAUGGAGAGCGUGGUCCCUUCCGACAAAGGCAAUUACACGUGCGUGGUGGAGAAUGAGUAUGGGUCCAUCAACCACACCUACCACCUUGAUGUCGUGGAGCGGUCUCCGCACCGGCCCAUCCUCCAGGCGGGGCUGCCGGCUAACGCCUCCACGGUGGUGGGAGGUGACGUGGAGUUUGUGUGCAAGGUGUACAGUGACGCACAGCCCCACAUCCAGUGGAUCAAGCACGUGGAAAAGAACGGCAGUAAAUACGGGCCCGACGGGCUGCCGUACCUCAAGGUACUCAAGCACUCGGGGAUAAAUAGUUCCAAUGCAGAAGUGCUGGCUCUGUUCAAUGUGACUGAGGCGGAUGCUGGGGAAUAUAUAUGUAAGGUCUCCAAUUAUAUAGGGCAGGCCAACCAGUCGGCCUGGCUCACUGUCCUGCCCAAACAGCAAGCUCCCGUAAGAGAAAAGGAGAUUACAGCCUCCCCAGACUACCUGGAGAUAGCCAUUUACUGCAUAGGGGUCUUCCUGAUCGUGUGCAUGGUGAUCACCGUCAUCGUGUGCCGCAUGAAGACCACCAGCAAGAAGCCGGACUUCAGCAGCCAGCCGGCGGUGCACAAGCUGACCAAGCGCAUCCCCCUGCGGAGACAGGUAACAGUCUCGGCGGAGUCCAGCUCCUCCAUGAACUCCAACACCCCGCUGGUGAGGAUAACGACACGCCUUUCCUCCGCCGCGGACACCCCCAUGCUGGCGGGCGUCUCCGAGUACGAGCUGCCGGAGGACCCCAAAUGGGAGUUCCCCAGAGACAAGUUGACGCUGGGCAAACCCCUGGGAGAAGGUUGCUUUGGGCAAGUGGUCAUGGCCGAAGCAGUGGGAAUCGACAAAGACAAGCCCAAGGAGGCGGUCACUGUGGCGGUGAAAAUGUUGAAAGAUGACGCCACGGAGAAGGACCUUUCGGAUCUGGUCUCAGAGAUGGAGAUGAUGAAGAUGAUCGGAAAACACAAGAACAUCAUCAAUCUUCUUGGCGCCUGUACGCAGGAUGGGCCGCUGUACGUCCUGGUUGAGUACGCCUCCAAGGGCAACCUGCGUGAGUACCUGCGAGCCCGCAGGCCGCCCGGCAUGGAGUACUCAUACGACAUCAACCGGGUGCCCGAAGAACAGAUGACCUUCAAGGACCUGGUGUCGUGCACCUACCAGCUGGCCAGGGGCAUGGAGUACUUGGCUUCCCAGAAGUGUAUUCACCGGGAUUUAGCAGCCAGAAACGUUUUGGUCACAGAGAACAAUGUGAUGAAAAUAGCAGACUUCGGACUGGCCAGAGAUAUCAACAACAUCGACUAUUACAAGAAAACCACCAAUGGUCGACUUCCAGUCAAGUGGAUGGCUCCGGAAGCCCUGUUCGAUCGGGUGUACACUCACCAGAGCGAUGUCUGGUCUUUCGGGGUGUUGAUGUGGGAGAUCUUCACGUUAGGGGGCUCGCCCUACCCAGGCAUUCCCGUGGAGGAACUCUUCAAGCUGCUCAAGGAAGGACAUAGGAUGGACAAGCCGGCCAACUGCACCAACGAGCUGUAUAUGAUGAUGAGAGACUGCUGGCACGCGGCGCCCUCACAGAGACCCACGUUCAAACAGUUGGUGGAAGACUUGGAUCGCAUUCUCACUCUGACAACCAACGAGGAGUACUUGGACCUCAGCCAGCCUCUCGAACAGUACUCACCUAGUUACCCUGACUCAAGGAGUUCUUGUUCUUCAGGGGAUGACUCUGUGUUCUCUCCGGACCCCAUGCCUUACGAACCACGCCUCCCUCAGUAUCCACACGUAAACGGCAGUGUUCAAACAUGAAGGCGGGCAUCUGUCCGUCCCCAGGCGGGACGGCCCGAGCAGGGAGGCCACGCCUCCUAGAGCUCGCUGUCUCCGCUGGCCUAUGUGGAUCCGAGGAGUGAGUCAUUGGAAAACCUAAUCGGUGCACGUGCAAAGAUGUGCGCGGUUGCCAGCGCGUGAUCUUUGCCAUGAGAGCAUCCUGGGGGCCACGGAUGGCCACGCAGCCCCUCCGCGCCGCCGUGGUACUGGCUGAGGACCACUGGGACUCAAGGCAGAUGUGCCUUCUGCCUUCCUUGUUAAUUUUGUAAUAAUUGGAGAAAAUAUAUGUCAGCACACACUUACAGAGCACAAAUGCAGUAUAUAGGUGCUGGAUGUAUGUAAAUAUAUUCAAAUUAUGUAUAAAUAUAUAUUAUAUAUUUACAAGGAAUUAUUUUUUGUAUUGAUUUUAAAUGGAUGUCCCAAUGCACCUAGAAAAUUGGUCUUUUUUUUAAUAGCUAUUUGCUAAAUGCUGUUCUUACACAGAAUUUCUUAAUUUUCACGAGCAGAGGUGGAAAAAUACUUUUGCUUUCAGGGAAAAUGGUAUAACAUUAAUUUAUUAAUGAAUUGGUAAUAUACAAAACAAUUAAUCAUUUAUAGUUUUUUUGUAAUUUAAGUGGCAUUUCUAUGCAGACAGCGCAGUGGACUAGUUAAUCUGCUUGGACUCGACUAGUUAUCAGAGCCUUUGAAAAGAGAAAUAUUUACAAUAUAUGACUAAUUUGGAGAAAGUGAAGUUCUGAUUUAUUUGUGUUUAAACUCUGCUGUCAGACGAUUGUUCUUCAACGACCUAAAUGCCCGUAUUUAAAGAGCGCUUCCUGGGACGCUGUUUUCCGUGGGUGCCGUCGCGGGGCCAGCGCGCCAUCCACUGGACUUCCCGAGACACAUGGUGCCAGCGUCCUCUCCAAAAGAUGCCUUAAUCCGUGCCUGGAGGACGGUCCUCGCCUGAGCUCCCCGCGCAGCAUCCCUCUGUCUCUGGCCGCCCGCCGGCCGCCCCCGGGUGCGCGGUAGGUCAGCCCGGCUGUCUUCAGCACGUGCGGCCACGGCCAUCGAAGAAGCCUUCCAGCAUCUUCAGGUCUCCUCCCGGGGAUUGGAACAGAGUGAGUAGUUCUGCCGCCAGUCUGGGGGACACCUCCAUCUUUUUGAAAGGAUCGCUUCCGUCUACUUCCGGCCCCUCCGCGGCGUGGGCCGGGCCGCGGCGGCACCGCUCAUUGUGUAUGAAAGCGCUGGGUUUUGCUCCUGAAACACCCACUCACUCUGCUGCAGCCGUGCGACACGAAUGCGGAUUACACUGAUUUACGUGUUAUGAAAUUGGAGAAAGUAUUUAAUAAAACCUGUUAAUUUUUAUACUGACAAUAAAAAUGUUUCUACAGAUA